GCGCUGAGAGCGCCUGCAUUUGUCGGCCGCCCGCGCGGCCCACCGACGGCCUGGACGACCGGGGCAGCCUCGACGCCAUCGCCGCGACACCCCCGAACAAGGAUGCCGCCCCGCGGGAGAAGAACGGAGCUGGACAAGCAGUACGACUUCCGGCAAGGGAGUGAGUUGACAAGAGAGUUAGGAGAAGAAGCCGCAAAACGUUUAGAUGCGGCGUACAAGAUCAACAAGCGGGACAAGCUCAGAAAUGAUUUGAGGAGCGGUUUGAGCUGCUGGCACAUGCAAGUGAUGGACAAUAAAAUCAUGGACGAGCGCGCCGUCGCCGACAAAGCGCUCGAAGAUCAGACGAAGGCAAAAAACGUCACGAUCCUCGCCUGCGCUUACGAACGAGGCAAAGGGAGGAGUAGAAAUACAAAAAAAGCGCGAAAACUCUAUCAAAAAGCCGCGAUGAUGGGCGACACCGACGCCGCGAAAUUCCUGGCGGGCUGCUGUCUGCGGGGCGUCGGCGGCAAGGCCGACCCUGCGGAGGCCUUCCGGUGGUACAAGAAGGCUUAUGAGGCCGGGGAUUUAGGCGCGCAGGGGGCCUUGGCGGAUUUAUAUGAUGCCGGGCUCGGUUGCGAGAGAAACGCGGAGGAGGCGCAGCAUUUACUGAAGGGGUGCCGCAACGGUAUUGCGUUGGCACCGGGGGCCAAAGCCUUCCCGGCGCGGCUCGAUUCGAGUCGAGGGGGCAUGACCGCGAAGGAGCGCCAAUUAGCUAGGUAUAACUGGUAG